AUGAAUUUUAUUUAAUGAUGGGACCAGAAUUUUUAAUUUACUCCUGUCUUCAAGACUAUCUCAAAAUACAUUUUUUUUUCAUCUUUAGAUACUUGUAAAUACAAUUUCUGAAGACUAAAUGCAAAUAUUAUUCUUGAUGUAUACUGUCAUGAUAAAGGUCAAUGAUUAAUCAAUAAUGUAUUGAAAUAUCGUUCAUUCUUUAUUAACAUAUAAAGAAUAUUUAUGUUGAUACUUGUCUAUUAUUUCCAGAGCUACUUGCAAAAUAAUUUAAAGGUUUUUGAAUUUAUCUUGAUGCCAGUUCUCUACAACCUAAUCCAUAAAUACUCCUUCAUAAAAGCAAAUGAAAAUGAAACCGGAAAAUUCUGAAGGAGUCGAUAAAAAAAUCUCUUAUUCUUCCAAAAUUAUCAGGAUGGUGUAUAGAUGAAUAGUUGUUGUUCAAAGCCAACCGUGAUGAUCGAGAAGCGAUGAAAUCCUAUUAACCCUUUUUUACAUAUACGAUGGACGCGGGGCACUGGGGGACUUGAGAAUAUUCGAGCCGCCGUCUGGUGGCUUUGAUCAGAGGACGAUACUUACUGAGGAUGAACUCAAGGUCGAACAGCUGUGCGAUGAGGAACGAUAUCGGUCAUUAUACAAUAAUGACGCUGAAGAGUCAAUGUAUCAUGAGGAGGAAAUGAAAAGAUUACAUCAGGCGCUUGGUAGUGAACAUACUUAUGGCCAAGUUGCGUAUAAUUACGAUGAUCAGGACAGUCAGACAGCGGUGGGGGAGGAUUCUCAGAGUCCGAAACCAUCAGAAGGCUCGCAAGAAGAAGAUCAGGCAUUCGUAUUACCUCCAGAACUUGAGGUGCCUGAGGGCACAAUUUUGCCGGAUACACAAAAACUUGAUGCAAUCAUCACGAAGACAGCACUGUUUAUUAGUCGUCAAGGAAGUCAAAUGGAAAUCCUGAUAAAAGCCAAACAAGCAAAUAAUCCACAGUUUUCAUUUCUCUCCAUUGAUGGUCCUCUACAUCCUUAUUACAAAAUCGUUUUAGAAGCUAUCAAAUCGGGAAAAUAUAAUCCAGAAAAACCUCUAGAAAAAGAGGAAUCAGUUUCCGAAGCAUCGGAUGAGGACGAAGACGGUUAUCUUCAUCCGAGUCUGGCCUCGUCUCUCUCCAAAGUUGAAGCGGCUCCUAGUAUUCCGAGUAUACAGUACAAACCAUCGGCGGACUGUGCGUAUUCGAUGCUGGUAAACAGAAUAACGGGUAAACCACCACCAUCAAGGGCUCCACCACCUCUACCAACGCCCGAGGUGCCUGCCCAACAGGUACCUCUUGGAUAUUAUUCACCAAUGCCAAUGCAGGACUAUGCACCAUAUCCCCCAGCUCCACAACAGUAUUCCCAUGGUCCUGUUAUUUACGGACCGAAUGGCCAAGUUCAGUCACCGCCGCACGUCUCAACACCUCCGACCCAACCCAUGGACAGCUUUCCUUCCAUCAAGGAACCCCCAGCCCCGCUGGUACCGUACGGUACAUCCCCACCAAAACCCCUCAGUCGUCCCUCAUUCAUCGUACCCCCCGCAGACGUUCAGAUAAUAAUCGACAAGAUGGCUAGUUACGUGGCAAAAAAUGGUCGAGAUUUUGAGGCAAUCGUGAAAGCCAAAGGAGAUCCCCGAUUCAAUUUUCUCGAGCUAUCUCACCAGUAUCAUGGAUAUUAUGCGCAUAAAUUGACAAUCUACGAGGGUGGAGUCAAUCCAAAAGUCUUAACUGAAGAGGAGCUCCUUCGGAAGCAGGGGCCUCAGCAGGAGAAGCAGAAGAAAUUGGAAGAAUUGCAGAAGAAACAGCAGAGAAUGGAAGAAGUGCAAAAACGAGUGAAGCUCAUUCAAGCAAAGAAAAAAGGAGACAGGCAGGUCACAACAGUCUCGUUUUCGAUAAAGAAACCAAAGGAGGGAGAGCCAACUGUUAUGGAGAAGCGCAGUGCUCUACCGAUGGAAGAGAGUGAUGAAGAUGGUGAUGCAGAGAAGAUGGACAAGGAGGAAACAUCAAAGCCAACCACCCCCGAGCCUCCUGAACCUCCGAGAAUCAGUGAACCAGUGAGAAAAGAUUCUGAGGAGAAGGAACUUGUGGAUUUGACAGAUGAUAUUUUCGAGGACUGCCAGAAUCAGAUAAGGGUUAAGCAGGCUGAGGAUAAGAUCAAGGAUAAGUUGGCUGCUGCGGCCAGGGACAAGCUUGCUGCUACAUCCAGAGAACGAUUGCUGCAGAUGGAGAGGAAAAAAAAGGCUGCCAUGUUUCUUAGUCAGAUUCAAGCACCUAGUCUUCCAAAGAUUGUUAUCGAGAGGAUUGAGGAUGACUCUGAUGAGGUUCACUCCAUUCCUUCACCCACUCUUGACGACACCGGGGUUGUCAGUGGCAACUCACUGAUGAGCAGACUCAAGAGUGCUGAGUUUGGGAUUACUCGCACUAGGGUAAGGUCUAGAUCGAGAAGUAAAAGUAAAAGCAGGAGUGGGAGUGAGACUAAGAGUAAAAGCAGCAAACACCGUUAUCAUAAGAAGCAUAAAAAGAAGAAGAGCUCACAUAAGAGUUACGACAAUCCUAGUUCAUCGCGGUCCCAGCACUCUAAACGUUCUAAAAAAUCAUCGUCAAGGCACAGAACUCGCUCUCGAUCGCCGUCAAGACGCUAUCAAGGUCAUCGAAGCCGCAGCGACUCGAGUGCCUCAUCCUCUCUCACUUCAUGAACUUCAAAGCCUCCUGUAAUCUGUGUAAAAGUGUAAAUAGUCACUAAUUAUUAUCGCGAAGGUACUCUACUCCGAUGCAUUCUUCGAAAAUGAACGGAAUGUACUCCACUACCAGCGAUUCUUAAAGCAUAAACAAAAUGAGGAAUUUAGUAGGAGAAGUAAGAUAAGCAAAAUAUCGUGUUUUCCCUUAAAAAUUCAAUGACGACAAUCAUCGAGAUUACAAACGAUCAAAGAAAACGCGGUACAUCUCGCGCUGUCUGGAUCACAUGUUUCUAACCACUAGACACGUGACGUGACCCUGAAGUUUGCGAUGUGCGUUUCAAUGCGAUAUAACUGAGAAAAACAAAGAAUUCAGGGAUUGAAACCGGUGAACUAGAUUGUACCGAUUUCAGUUAUCACCUAUAAAAAUUCAAAUUGUACUUAAUUGGAUAAGAAAACAAACAACACAUCGAUAUAAUUAGCAAUUGUAAAUUCAUUGGAAUUUUUGGAUUUGUUCGCUGUUCAUUUUUCAACUACUGAAUUGAUGAUUCACACCGAAUUUAAAUUGUAAAUUAAUUUAUCGAACAAUAAUUGACAAAAGAUUAAGAUGUUCUCGCCUGAUGGAUAAAAUUCUUUUAUGGAAUGUAGAAUUAUUUGCUCGAUUGUCCCUUCACCAUUUCGAUUAUCACAGAUUUUGUGACUGUCAAAUUUCAAUUAAGAUAAUAAAAAGUUAAGAAUUGAA